CAAGCCGUCGCGCCUUGGCUGGUCGCAUUUCCACUUGGUAGUUCCGGCCGGUAUAAAACUAAUUUUCGCGAGGCGCGCAUUUUCAGUUUUCGAUCGUGCGCUGGGCGGGACGUUACGAGUCUUGGUGUCAACAUGGGGACGGCCACACUGAGGGUGGUCAGUUUGAUCGCGACGGUUUUUGUGUUGAUGGCAUUUGUGGUGGAAAAUGGGAGUGGUUCCAGGAUAUUGGCGAUUUUUCCGUCGCCGGCGAAGAGUCACCAGAUAGUGUUUCGGGCGAUAGUGAAGGGACUGUUGGAGCGGGGACAUCACGUGACAAUGAUGAGUACGGAUCCGAUCGAGACGGACAAUCCGAAUAUUACGCAAAUUGACUGGAGCUUUGCACACAAGAUUAUCGUGGAAAACAUAGAUGUGGCCAAGUUGAGGCAGGAAAACUGUAAAACGCUGACGAUUUCGAAGCAACUGCUACAUGUUACAGAAAUGUUUGUGCGUGCUGAGAUGAACCAUCCGGAUGUUCAGCAGUUGAUCCGGAAUGCUGGUGAUGAGCAGUUUGACGUUUUGAUAGUGGAAUACUUCCAGAUGACGCCGUUCUUCGCGUUCGCUGAGCUGUUCAACGUGCCUAUGAUUGGAGUGACGUCGAUCGACUCGAUCUCGCAAGCCCACGAGGUCGUCGGAAACGUGGUGAAUCCUGUGAUCCAUCCGGAAAUAAGUCACAAGUUUUCCGUAAAUUUGAACUUUUUCCAACGGAUUGAUGCGUUAUUAACCUUCGGGAGGUCGCGCUAGUGUACUUUGUACACAACUUUUGAAAAUUGUUGAAAAAAAAUGUCUUUUCUUUAUUCAAAAUGCGUGAAACCCAGGUGUAUGCUCAAGUUACACAUUUUUCUAUAAGAAAACAUAUGAAAAGUCAAAUUUCUGGAGUAAAACCUAUUUUUAAUGAUCUUUUGAAAAAAAAAAAAUUUGGAUGUGUGUACAAAGUACACCGGCGCGACUGCUCGUGUGAGCUGCUUUUGUGCAAAUAUAAAAUAUUUGCAGUAAUUUGAAAAUAAUUCCAAAACAAAUGCUCUAAGAAGCAAACAAUGUCCAACAAAAUUGUAGGAGAGGUCUUAUAGAAUACCAUGAAUAAC